UGUUGCAUGGGCAGGUUCAGUUGGGAAGACAGAGUAAUUUCAAUGAAGUUUCUAGCUGCUCCAGAGUUUAUCAAGGCUGUGGAAACAUGAGUACCAGAUUCAGGGUGAAUCGUAACAGUGAGGGAGAGCGCUGGCAAGAGGAGCAGCCAUGAACACUCAACAAAUUCAGACGGAGCAGAGGGGGCCGUUUAGAAUCACAGUCUGGGAGGAGGAGAACUUCCAGGGUAAACGCUGCGAGUUCAUGCAGGAGUGCAGGAACAUCUUGGAGAGGGACUUCCGCAAGAUCCGCUCUAUCAAAGUGCAAAAUGGAGUAUUUGCAGGGUUUGAGCAUCCUGAGUUCCAAGGCCAGCAGUUCAUCCUGGAGAAAGGGGACUACCCUCGCUGGGAAGCAUGGAGUGGAAACAUUGGCUACAGAACGGAACACCUGCUCUCUUUCAGACCAAUCAAAUGUGCCAUCCACAGUGACAGCAAGGUGACCCUCUAUGAGUGCAGAGAUCUCCAGGGACACAAAUUUGAGGUCUGUGAUGACUACCCCUCCCUGCAAGCCAUGGGCUGGUGUAGCAAGGAGGUUCCCUCCAUCAAAGUCAAUUCUGGAGCCUGGGUGGCUUACCAGUAUCCUGGUUACCGUGGAUACCAGUACAUCCUUGAGAGGGACCGGCGCGAAGGAGAAUACAGAAACUACAAUGAAUACGGCACCCAGGCACAAACGCAUCAGAUCCAGUCCAUUCGCAGGAUCCAGCAUUAAGUCCAGAGAAUAUGAAUGGUUCUGAUCUGCCCUAUAUGGUGGAACAACAUGUGAUAAAUUAGGAAAUGAAGGAUUUAUCCAAAGAUGGAAAAAAAACUGCUCCCAUAGGUUCAUUGACUAUUAUUUAACCUCCCAUCUAAGGGACACACUGGACUGUGUUAGUACAGAGGCUUGCAGUUGUCCAACAGUACCUUCAAACAAAAUUUUCUUAACUAAAGUGUGCAUUUUUCAUUUUCAGUUCUAGGUUUCAGCUUUCAAAAAUAGAUUCUCCUUUGUACUGACUGAUGACAAAUUAUGGGACUGUAAUUUGUAGAUGAAUUAUCCACCCUAAAGCAGUCUUUUGUGUUAGGAAUAAG